AACUUUCUCCGCGGAUGCGGAAGUGUUACAUAGGCGGAUGCGGUGGUUUGAGAAGCAUCCAAUGCAAAAAAAAAACCAUAUCUCUAGUUUAAACUGGCUGAUUUUUAUGGGGAUUGUUUUAUUAUGCUAAUUCCAUUUCCGUCGGGUUGAUCUUCUGAUAUCUUAUCCAAAGAAAAUAAUACACAUCGUCUGAAGGUAUCGAUCUAUUUUCUGCACUAAUUUAGUGUUUUUCCUUGUCAGCAUCGAUGGUUUAACCGCUCAUUGAACAACACUAACGGAGCAAACAGCUCAUUCCGCUGGUGCGUCAUCUUCCUAGAAAAGCGGUGACUGGCGCCAUUGUGUGGAUUUACGGGACAUUUCACGAAACGAGUGGUUAACUCUAACUUAGGAAUUGAAUAAAUCAACGAACUUCGAUGAAAAUACAACGUGUCCAAUCUAUCGUUUUGAAAGCUUUUUUUUUUCAUACCUUUAUGGUUUCGGGACAACUGGUCAAUUGAGUAGCAUAGAUUACACCACUUUCCAUACCUAUUGCUCAACUUUGAUAAGAUAAGUGCUGCAGAUAUCAACUUGAAGGUCUAUCACUUAUUCAAGAUGAGUAGUUCAACAAAUAAACCCUUCUAGAUCGACAGUCCAUCUCGGAGGAGUGAACAGAUUCAUAUUUUUAGAAUUCACCCAUUCCUUUCCUGGACCAAGUUCCUGUGGGCAGGCCAAUAAAAUGCAUUGGAAAAUGCUCCCCGCUCAUUCCGACUGGAGUGCUGGUUAAAGAACAUCCCACCGUCUACGGAGUACUGUCAAGUCAACAAAAGAAAAUAGCCGAACUUCACAACUGAUAGGUGACAGAGGAUGUCCAGAGCUGAUUGGUCCUUCCUGGAGCAGCUGUUGGAAGAGGGGCAGGAGUAUAGCACCGGGGUGGGCCGUGUCUGGCUCACUGUCCUCUUCCUGUUCCGCAUGCUGGUCCUGGGCACCGCCGCAGAGUCAGCCUGGGACGACGAACAGAACAGCUUCGUCUGUAAUACCAAGCAACCUGGAUGUACCGCCGUGUGUUACGACAAAGCUUUCCCCAUAUCACAUUACCGCUAUUUUGUGCUCCAGGUGAUUUUUGUUUCCACACCGACUAUUUUCUAUUUUGGGUAUGUGGCCAUGAGGGCUGCGAAGGAGAAGAACGAGGAGGAAGAUGAGGAGAAGAAGAGGUCGGAGGAGAGUGGUUGUGAGGGACAAGAGAGGGGAGGAGUAAAGAAGAAUGGAGGGAAGAAGAGGGAGGUGAGAAAGGGGGAUGAGAUAGAAGAACUAGUGGAGGAGAAAGGAGGGAGAAAGGUGGUGAAAGCUCUCCCAGAGGCUCCUAAGCUGAAGGGCCGUCUCCUCUGUGCCUACGCCGCCAGCAUCCUCCUCAAGGUCCUCCUGGAGGUCGGCUUCAUUGUCGGACUAUGGUACCUCUAUGGCUUCGUGAUCCCGGCCCGGUUCGAGUGUGUCCGCGACCCCUGUCCUCACACGGUGGACUGCUUCAUCUCCAGACCCACGGAGAAGACCAUCUUCACCAUCUACACCCAGACCAUCGCUGGAGUCUCUCUCCUUCUCAACCUGGUAGAGCUUCUCCACCUCCUCCAGCUAGCCAUCACCCAUCACCUGGAGAAGCGCUAUGCCCAGGAGCAGUACACCUUUCCUGGCAUAGCUGUGGUCUGAGUCCGGCCUGGUGCUCCAAGCCUGGAGAUGGAGAUGCAGCAAGCUUCGCCUUACCAGGAGAAGGGCCAUCUGCAUUUACCCAUGAGGGAGGCCAGCUACACCAAGCCCAGAGAGAGUUAUCUGGACCUGGGGGAGGCCAGCUACACCAAGCCCAGAGAGAGUUAUCUGGACCUGGGGAGGCCAACUACAUUAAGCCCAGAGAGAGAUCUGGACCUGGGGAGGCCAGCUACACCACGCCCAGAGAGAGUUAUCUGGACCUGGGGAGGCCAUCUACACCAAGCCCAGAGAGAGUUAUCUGGACCUGAGGGGAGGCCAGCUACACCAAGCCCAGAGAGAGUUAUCUGGACCUGGGUGGAGGCCAGCUACACCAAGCCCAGAGAGAGUUAUCUGGACCUGGGGGAGGCCAGCUACACCAAGCCCAGAGAGAGUUAUCUGGACCAGGGGGAGGCCAGCUACACCAAGCCCAGAGAGAGUUAUCUGGACCUGGAGGGAGGCCAGCUACACCAAGCCCAGAGAGAGAUAUCUGGACCUGGUGUCGGGAGCAGGGAUGAACCUUGAUGGUGACCUGCUCCCCAGUUAUCUGAACUAUUUGGGGACUAUGAGGACAACACACUCUUCAGGGAGAGCAACGCAACACAACACACACACAUUAAGGGUGCCCAGAAGGGACACAGCAACAAACACACUCAGCAUUAUGUAUGAGGAAAACAGAGACGUUUGGUUCUGUGACUAGGAAUGAGCCAUGUGCCACUAAAGACAUUAAAGUUUGAAGUACGUUUUCAAGAACAUGGACAAGAAUAAGAAAAAAUGAUUGUACUGUAUAACACAUGCCUUGAAGGACAAUGUAGUGGAGAUGUUGCUGAUGUUGCUGAUUAGAAUGGAAAUGUACUAAAGUUCUCAGGAACAAGAUUUAAACAAAGACCAUUGAGAAUGGAACACUGAGAACGGGAAAGGAGGACAAUCGGAACAGGAACAGGAUGUAUUAUAAUUCAGCCAUUUAGAUUUUUAGGAAACGUUCUCGUCCAAUGGGAUAAGCCUAUGAGCUGGCUGAAUGUGAUGUCACAAUGGAAACACUUGGCUUGACCUCCACAGGGAAAACAACCUACGGGCCCCAACAGUGCAGUGGGGUCUUGUGAGAAAGAGCAGGGGUAAAUAUAUCUACUUCCCAAAUGGAACCCUAUUCCCUACAUAGUGCACUACUUUUGACCAGGGCCUUAUCGGCUACCAUUUGGGGCAUAGCCUAUGUGUUCUUAAGCAUGUUCCUUAUCUGAUUACUGUGACCUCAGAGCUUCGCUAGGGCCAGUGGAAUGUACUGAGCUCUCUGGACUACCCUCCCUCCAUGGGGACUAAUGGGGACUAAUGGCCACACACACACACACACACACACACGCCUGUCCUCUAUGUAGCUGUCCAGCUGUGUCUUGGAGUCACAAGAGGGGUAAGGAAGGGAGAGCAAGAGGUGGGGAGCUAGAGGGAUGACGAGGUGGGGAGCUAGAGGGAUGAAGAGGUGGGGAGCUAGAGGGAUGAAGAGGUGGGGAGCUAGAGGGAUGAAGAGGUGGGGAGCUAGAGGGAUGAAGA